CCCACCCCUCUCUCCCGUCCCUGCCUUUUCUUCCUCCCCUCUCCUCGAGUCUGCACGGCAGAGGGCGGAGCCGGAGGAGGCGGAGGAGAUGGCGAUCCUGUACGCGCUAGUGGCGCGGGGGACGGUGCUGCUGGCGGAGCACAGCUCGGCGGCGACCAACGCUGGCGCCGUCGCGCGCCAGGUCCUCGAGCGCCUCCCCGACGGCGCCGCCGACAGCCACGUCUCCUACACGCAGGACCGCUACGUCUUCCACGCCAAGCGCACCGACGGGAUCACCGCGCUCUGCAUGGCCGACGACGCCGCCGGACGACGAAUUCCCUUUGCAUUUUUGGAGGAUAUUCAUGGAAGAUUUGUCAAGACGUAUGGCCGCGCUGCGCUGACUGCCCUUGCGUACGCGAUGAACGAUGAGUUCUCAAGGGUCCUGAGCCAACAAAUGGACUAUUAUUCAAAUGACCCUAAUGCCGAUAGAAUAAAUCGCAUGAGAGGUGAAAUGAAUCAGGUCCGUAGUGUUAUGAUUGAUAAUAUUGAUAAAGUCCUUGAAAGAGGUGAUCGUUUGGACCUGCUGGUUGAUAAAACUGAAAAUAUGCAAGGAAAUACGGUUCGAUUCAAACGACAAGCUCGGCGCUACAGAAACACUGUUUGGUGGAGAAAUGUUAAGCUCACAGCCGCAUUGAUACUUCUCCUCCUGGUAAUAAUAUACGUUGUGCUUGUCUUCGUCUGCCAUGGAUUCACCUUACCUACUUGUAUACGGUAAAGUAUGGUCUGAGCAUCCUGUCUUGUGGCGUGCCUGUUUAUGUCCCUGUCCAUGGGAGCAUCUAUUGCAAUACUAUUGCAAUUGGUUUUUGCGUAGAGGAGUAAAGCUACAACUUAUGGUGUAAUUGUGGUGCAUUGAUUGUGAAAACUAAAGAUGUAAACUUCGCAUAAACUGCUUCUUGUCGGUAUGUCUAUGGCAUAACUCAACUGAUUGUGCCUGGGUUGUUUAUUUGCGACUAUUCUUGUGUUUGUACAUGAAUUUAGUUACGGCUAUAUUGUGACAAUGGUAAAAAUGUAUUGUAAUCUGUUGAA